GGCUGCCGCCUUAACACGGAUGUUUCCUUUGUUGUCUCAUUGGAUGGAUGGAGACAAAGACAAACUGCUCCAAAAUUUGAACUUAUGGCAGAAAAACCAAAAACCGGUUGUUUUAUGUACUUUUGACGGCAUGAAUAAAAGUUCCCUGCUUUUCCAGUGUGCCAUUUCUUAUGCCAAAGAAGGAAACCAUGUCACCUACAUUUGUCAAGAACCUUUCACACAUCUUCCAUUGACCGUUCAUGGAAUGUCAAAACCAAGCUCUGCCUCUCUUGGAAUGGUGAAAUUUAUGUACCUGAAGACCUUACCUGAGCUCUAUGACUACUGCGCCUCCAUCCACCAGUCGGUUCUCUGUCCUCAAGUCAUUAUCUUAGAUGGAAUCCAUUUCUAUGUGCAGCAGACAAAAAGACAACAAUAUGGAGAAGAACAGGAAGCUGCCCAACUCUGUGCCAUGUUGAUGGAUGCUGUUCAAUAUUGUCACACAAGGAACAGUUCCUCCAAGACAUUUGACGAAACUCAGUCACAACUGAUAAUUUCAUGCAAAGACUCCAAAUUUCUCCUUCCUGUAUUCCAGAAAUUGAAUUUCCAGAUUAUUUCAUCAAAAGUGAAAGGAGACAAAAGGAGAAUCACAGAAAUGGCGGUGGAGACAAUGGAAGAGAAUAUUUUCCUGAGUUAUUCUGUGGAACCAACUGAAGGAAUCUACUUGAAUGACAUAAAAUGUAUUGCAAAGGAAUGAAUGUUACAGAAGGAGGACCUUUUAUUUUGGUGAAAUAGCUUCAGGGUUGUAAUUUGAACUUGUCAGCUGCAGUUUGGGUGAUGGGAUACAUUCGGGGUUGCAUGGAGACAAAUUGUCCAGUUCAGGUAAUGAUCUUACAGUUGUGUUAUUGGUUAACAUUGCUUAGUUUUUGGGACUGGGCUGGUUUCUCCUAGCAUUGCAAGGUUAGUUUUUUUGUUUCACUCCAACAGCUUCAGUGUAACUACAGGGGCUUUGGGGUAUAGAAUUUUUGUUGUGACUGAAUAUCCCAAGAAGGAGGGGUUUCAGUCACCCACCCAGCUGUUCCUUUGUGCCAGGAGCAAACAACAUAUGUUGCCAGAAGUGGGGUUCAUCAUCAUCAUCGUUUAAGGUCCGCUUCCCAUGCUAGCAUGGGUUGGAUGGUUUGACUGAGGACUGGCAAGCCAGAAGGCUGCACCAGGCUCCAAUCUGAUCUGGCAAAGUUUCUAAAGCUGGAUGCCCUUCCUAAUGCCAACCACUCCAAAAGUGUAGUGGGUGCUUUUUACAUGCCACCAGGAUGGGUGCCAGUCAGGCGGCAGUGGCAUCGGGUUGUGGACAUUAAAAUGGUGGAACUUCCAUGCAGGUGCUAUGUAAAAAGCAUUGGUGUUGGCAGUCAUAAAAAGCACCCAGUACACCUUGUAAAGUGGUUGGCAGCAGGAAGAGCAUCCAGCCGUAGAAACUAUGCCAAGGCAGACGACUGGAGCCUUGCCAGCAUGGAAAACAGAUGUUAAAUGAUGAUGAUGAUGAUGAACCAUCAGCUGACUUCAAAGGCCAGAAGGGGCCGUGUAUUGGGGACCUUGUGUCUCAAUGUGGAUGGCAGUCAGGUAAUUGCAAUGGAAAAAGUGGCCAGAUGAUCCGACAGGUAACUGAGAGACAAUUACACUUUGCUAACGAGGCGAUUUGGACAUUAACAACAAAGAUGCAAUUAACAAAGUGCAAUCAGCUCUAACAACAACAACAACAACAACAACAAUCACAAACAUUUUUUUGACUUUAUUGUUUCUUUAACUUGGUUUUUUUUUUCUUUUCUUGUUUUUUUUUGUUUUGUUUUCCUGAUGCACUUUAGAAUUAGAUAGAACAGACAAACCAAAGAGAUCAGUAAUAGUAUUGGAACCAGUAAUAACUAGUUACUGUGGCUGGGUAGGUGAAUGUGUGAGUGUGGUCGUGGGGGUGGGGUGGGUUCAGAAACAAAACACUGGGAGUUGGGGGUGGGGUUUGUUGUUGUUGUUUUUGCGAUGUAAAGCCCAGCGUUUCAAAGUGGUGAUGUGUUCUUGUAUUAUUAUUAUUAUUAUUAUUAUUAUUAUUGUGAUUUUGGUUUAACUGUCAGGACGCUUACUACAAAAUAUUCUUCUGCAGCAAAUUGGUGCAGCUGAACAAUGGACAACCAGACUAAUGAAAUAUUUUUUUUUUUUCGUUUUCAAAAGAUGUCCGACAACUAUUUUUGUAGUUGCUAUUUGUUAAACAUGUAAAAAAAAAAAAGGAUAAAAACUGCCAAUAUCAUAGUAGUAGUAGUAGUAGUAGUAGUAGUUUUGAUGACAACCUGAUUAAAUAGUGAAGGCAUUUGUAGAAUGGUAACAUGGAAAAGGUCUGAGAAAGAGAGAGAGAGAGAGAGGGGCAAGAGCAACAGAAUCGGGCUUACAAAUUAAUUAUUUCAGCUAAAAGGGACGAAGAUGAAUGCCUAGAAUUUAGCAACAUCAACCCUACGGUGUGACAUUGCUUCCAGCUUCUGUAAAGGUCUCUCAGGUGAAUUCUUCCGCCAGAGGUGGAAAGGUAGACUCCACCCUCCUCCACCUCAUAACCGUUUUUCAGGGUUUCCAAAACCAUGGGGAAGAAGGGACCGAGUGAUCCCCAGGCCAUACCUCUUAACCUGGCCUGUAUGCUUGUAAGGGAGUAGGUUCUGCUAAGGGCACUGAAGGGUCAAACGGUAGCAUUAAACCAGACAAGAGAUUAAGUCUGCCACUCUCAGACAAAGACAGAUCCUUUAACAAGCUUCCACACAGUUUCCAUUGUCUACCAAAUUUUUUGUUCACAAGGCUUUGGCUGACCUGAAAUCUAUGGUAAUAGACCUUUACCCAGGGUGCCACACAGUAGGACCUGAACCUGAAACCAUGGUUGCAAAAGUGAACUUCACCACAGAACCAUGCCUGCUGUGUACAUUAAUUAAUAUGAGAUAAUUUGAUAAUUAAUUAAUAUGAUAUAAUUGGAUUAAUUGAAGUAAAUGUAAUUUUGGUAGAGUUUGGAGAAUAUGAAAUCUGUACUUUUGUUGUUUGGGGCAAAUUAUGAGUAUGAUCGAGAAAAUGGUAACUGAUCUCGUGGCACUUAAUGAUCUUAGAUCAGUGAUACUGGUUGUUUAAAUAAUUGAUCACUGGAUCACACACACACACACACACACACACACACACACACAAAAAGUGUUGCUGUCUCUCAUUUUAACGAAGAUUUUUCAAGAACAUCAAAAGGAAGAAAAAAAAAAAAAAAUGAAUAUUUUUCGAUUAGUGUUUCAUGGUUUUAGUGUUUUGAUGUUUAGAAAAUGGGAUUUAGGAUUAUCAACAAACACAGGACGUGUCUGACAGAUUUAGGCAUCGACUGUCACAUAUUGCCUUUGGCUAAUUAAAAAAAAAAAAACACAUUUCACAAACUUAAUUAAACACUUAAAAUAUUAACAGAUUUCAGUCUUAACCCAAGACCCCCUCCCUCCCCACUGGUUCUAUGAUAAAGAUAGAAACUUUGCUUAAAAAGUGAUCUAAAUUAAAACCAUCCAUUAAAUUUUUCAAGUUCAUUCAUGUUCCAAACACCAACUUAAUAAUGACAGGGUUCUUUUCACUAAAUUCUUCAUCAUUUUCAAAAUUAAUUCAAACAAAGGCAGUGUUUUCCAACAGAAGUAUGGUAACAAAAGGGUUAAAGUGAUCUAAAUUUAAACCUUUCAUCAAAAUUUCCAAGUUCAUUUAUGUUCCAAACACCAACUUAAUAACGACAAGGCUAUUUUACUAAAUUCUUCAUCAUUUUCACAAUUACUUGAAACAAAAGGGCCAUGUAUUUCAAGACAUCUCGUAAAAAAAAAAAAGGGGGGGGUGGUUAAGAACUCAAGAAGGCUGGUUGACAUGUUCUGCUAGUAUUCAGAGGGGCUGGCAAGGUGUAGCCUAUUUUCGAUUUACUAUUAUCAGUAUAUUUUUUUUUAAUUAAUUAAUUGUACAAUUCACAAGCUGCAACCAGGUACAAGGUUUCAAAAGAAUGAA